AUAGACCAGGUGACUAGAAUAGUACAUCAGGGAUAAAGUUUGGAAAUCUGUUUUAUUGUCUGCCUUUGGCACAUUUGACUAUUGUUUAGGCUACUAUAAAAAAAAACAGUGAUUAUGAAGGCUCUAUUUAUUACUCUUCAGCUUGGAUGUGAUAAAAUGAAUAUUCUGAAAGGAAUACAUGAAUAAUCAUCAAAUCACAAAUGCCUAUGUCAGUGAAUUUGAAAGCCACCUUCAUGGUUUUUCUCAAAUGACCUUUUUCUGCUCGUGCGCAGUUUACAACCGUGAACAGGCUUAUUUUUUCGAAUAAUAUACCGAGAAGUGCGUAUGAUACCAGAGAGUUUGGAGUUAAUACCAACGAAUGGAACAAAAGCAUGAAUUGGUACCCAAUCGAAGAUUACAUAACUCAAAUGACGUGGGCAAACGCCAGAGCGUGAUUGUCCACCGGUGUCCACUGGCACUGACCUGAUAGGAAUCCAUGCUAUGUACACGCGGUGUAAAUUUCACGUUGGCUUCAGUGAGCCCGUGUGGCUUUAUAUGUAGAUAUCGCCCAUAGCAACUCGCAUUCCGCACACAGACCGCAUGCUCUUUGCACACGGCCCUUAUACUUAGCAUAAGCAGUACACCAUACACAUAGCGAAUAAUGAUGGCGGCUGUACGGUGUUGUUCCUGUUGUGUCGUGUGCAUAACUCUUCCUCUCCUCCUCCUCCCACCGUUGUCGGUGUCGGCUGAGGAGGGAUUUCCCCGACUUCGAAGACAAGCACACGACCACGAACAUGACCACGAUUUGGAAGAGAGCUAUUUUGCAGGUAUAGGAAACUAUCUCGUAGAUGAGGAAUUAACAGCAGAGAGAGCUAAUUGCGAUUUUGCGGAAAACCACAAUGAGAACAUCACGUUAACACAAGUCAACAUCUUGAUUUCGACGCUGUUUGCGAGGGCUGGUUGUGAACACCGCUGGAAUGACUGCUCAGAGUGUUCUGACAAUUUCGUAAACGAUCUGUUUAACGCCCUUAAUGUUGACCCGGAGUAUGGCCUCAGUGAAGAUGUAUUCAAAAAAGCAGCACCGCUCUUGCUCUAUGCUCUGUACAACUUCGAUGCCCUGUGCGCCGCCGGGCCUGGCGGGACAAAUCUUGAUGAGGAGGUGGUGUACGGGAAGCUUAUGUCUGCUGACGUAAGUGGGACGAAUUCUACCUUUUCUGAAGGGGACCUGGAAGAAAUCUUACAUUCGAUUAGUGAAGAUUACACGGCUACAACCCAAGCAAAGUGUUUCGAUGCCACAUCAGUCUUUUCCGCUACAGUGGAAAACCAUGAAGCCGGGGCGAGCCAUUGUGAGGUCAGCGCUGUCUCUGGAAACGUUAUCUCAAGGAUGUUAGAGGGAUACUGUAUCGGCGAGGCAAGCUUACCAUCUACCGACGACUUCACGGAUGUUGUUUUCGAUUCCUAUGGUACAGAUGGAGUUAUUCACAAAGAAGAAUUCAAUCAGUUACUUUCGGAACUUGGUAUCGGGGGCUCCGCGGAAUACAACGCUGGUGCUGUCCAAACUGAAGCCCCAGUUGUCAUAGGUGACGGCGACCUCAAUCGUCGUCGAAGAAGAAACGUGCUGGUGGCAGCGGUGGGAUAUAAACAUCGUGUGGAGCGCUCUGUGGGUGCAUCAUCCAAUAAUGCAUCAUCCGUAAAUAUGAACGUGUCUGAAACAUGCUACACGGGGGCGGAACUCCUAGACAUUCACGGGAUCGACCAUGGGUCUGGUCUUACCGAGUCCCAGUAUAUGCAGUUGUGUCCGUCCUUGAUCCAACAGACCCUAUCGGGCGUGUGCAGCCAAAAUGAAAAUCAGACCCCAACUAGUACGAUUACAAAUGCAGAGAUUUGGAUUUAUGGAAACCUAGCUGUCAUCACCAUUAGCCUUCUUUCAGUUGUCGGGGCAUUGUUUGUCCCCUGCAUGUCUGGUUUUGUGUACGAGUGUGCAACACAGACGAUGAUGGCCCUUGCCGUAUCAACACUUACUGGGGAUGCCUUGAUGCAUCUGAUACCACAGGCUAUCGGACUACAUGCUCAUGGUCAUCAUAACCAUGCCUUCCAAGGCCCACUCAAUCCUGAGCUAGCCUAUGUAUGGAAAUGCCUUGUCAUAGAACUUGCCAUCUAUUUCUUCUUUCUUCUGGAGAGGUUCUCUGCUAUUACUGGCUGUGGUCAUUCCCACUUGCGAGACCAUGGACAGGCCCAUUACCUCGACCAUGACGCAGGCAUGGGAAUGGAUUCGGUCAAGACUCCUAUGAAGUCGUGUCAAGGGUCCGCAAAAGUGUUUGACUCCUCCAAAAGUCUGGUGAAAGUUGAAAAUGGCCUGGAAGAGAAGAAUCGCUGGACGAAAGGUUGUGGAACGGUUCCUCUGAUGAUCGUCUUGGGUGAUGCGCUGCAUAACUUUGGAGACGGGCUUGCGAUCGGAGCCGCAUUCACUAUUUCGAUCUCGGCCGGUCUCAGCACAACUAUUGCGAUGUUCUGUCACGAGUUACCUCACGAGCUAGGUGACUUGGCAGUUCUUCUCAGUCAGGGUAUGCGUCUAUCUACAGCAGUGUUCUGGAACUUCCUGUCUGCGUUAACUUGCAUUGUGGGACUGUGGGUCGGCAUUCCUCUUGCACAGCAUCAGAAUGCUGCUGCCUGGAUUUUCGCUGCUACCGCCGGCACGUUUUUCUACGUUGGGCUUGUGCAUAUGCUCCCGAUGCUUCAUUCCUACAAUGGCAAAAAUAAGGGACUCAUCUUCUUUCUCCAAAAUGUCGGCUUCUUGCUAGGCAUGGGUAUAAUACUGGUUAUCGCACUCUAUGAGGACGCAAUCAACGUCUCAAUUUGAGCAACUAUACACUCCGCCUUCCACAAGCCUUUAUGAAGGGCAGCGCAUGUUAUUUUGUCAAUUUUUUUCCUAGGAUUUUGUUUUUUUUAUGAUCCUUUUUUUCAUUGGAUCUUUUUUCGUAGCAUUUAGUUUUUUCUGUAAGAUCCUUUUUUUCCAUACGACCUUUAUUUUUUAUUAUCCUUUUGCGUAGGAUUUUAUUUUCGUAGGAUAUAUUUAGUAAGAGUAAGAGAUCAUCAUGGUCAUUUAAUAAGAAACCAAGAAUACUGAAAUUCUAGAAAUUUAGAUGCAAAUAUGCAUUUUAGAAAUUAAUCUAUUUUUGUCGAACAAAGUUCAAUCAUGUCUUUUUUUAGUACCUGAUCAUAAUUUGCUGAGAUUGUAUAUAUUGAGGAGAAUAAAAAAGAGUACUAUCACAUUUUAUUUGAAUUAUAAUCAGGGAUAGAUCAACCCAGUUGGUCACAAUAAUAGAAUAUGCAACUGUUGCAAUGUCAGUCAUUUCACUCAGAACACGUUAUGCAAUUAUCAGUAAGAUAAGGAAUGGUCUUCCACUUUUCAGUUCUUAUUAAAGCUCAGAAUGAAUUUGUAAUGUUUCAAAAAGUGUGUAUUUUUGGAUAUUGAAAUCUAGCUUCAUUACAUGGCAUAUUCUGAAUUGGAAUUAUGAGAGCAAGUCCUCCCCACAAAGUUGUUUUGAAUAAAGAGAAAAAUCUUGGAAAUUUCGUUCCACUUCACAAAACGGUUUUCUUUUCAAAGGAUACCAAGGGAGAUGAUGUUGUCACACACUCGACUGUCUUUUCAAUGUCGUUGGUAUCUGUGAUUUAAAUCGUAUCUACAAAAAUUGUGCCUUUUGGAUAUUGAAGUCUAGCUUCAUUACAUGGCAUUUUCUGAAUUGGAAUUGUGGUAGUUAAGUCCACCCACUCAAAAUUGCUUUGAAAAGAGAGAAAAAAUCUUUGAAAUUUAGCUCAGUUUCAUAAGAUGGUUUUAUUUACAUACGAUACAGAGGAAGCUCAUGUCAUCACAUGACUCGAUGGCCCCGUCUUUCACCAACUCCCCAUGUCUUUUCGCUAAUAUUUUUUUUCAUUCUUCAUUUUAACCCUAAUAACGCACUUACAUAAUUUUGCCUAAUUUCAGAACCCCGUACCCACGGGUGACGCAAUUUGGGUCUCAAAAAGUUGCACGAGGCAAGAUAGUAAAAAGUCGGUGAGCAAAGUGGUAAAAAAAAAUUUGCGCAGCAGAUUUAUCAUAAAAAAUGGCCAAGGGGGGGCUUAUUCAGCCCCCCCCCCCUGCCAGUCUUCUAAAGCGUCGAAAUAGCCCAGUGUGUUUACAGAUGAAUUCCAGUUGUGGUAACGAUCUCAAAAUGAGUUCAAACAGAAUCCAAUAAAUUUACCACCCAAGUGUUGUAUGUAUAAACAAAAGAUAUGUGCCAAAUGGCUCUGGAAGAAAAUGCUCAAUUGCUGUGAUAUGGGAGCAAAAUAAGCACAGAAUUCCAUCAAAUGUCUGGUAUUUUUCCAAUCAAUAUUCAUACACUGUCCCAAAUAUACUUUUUUUGUCUUAGUGAUCAUCAGAAUUAUCGGUUUUGAGCCAAGAUUUCAUGAUUUCACAAAGAUAAGUUUAUUUCAAUGUACAAUAUCUAAUCAAAUACAUUACUAAGCUAUGUGGCUAAACUAUCCUUAUUAUAAUAAAUGCGAAUUUAAUAUCUGGUCGUAAUGACGUCAUAGCAAUCGUAAAAAGCUAAUAUGGCCUUUACUCCAAAAUAAGAGCUUGCAAUCAUCCGAAAUUGUGAUUAGUAUUAUUUCAGUUAAUCUUAACUUGAAAUAGAAAGAUCCUUUGAAUUCACAUUUUCAGAAAAUAUGCAAAAUGCAAUUUGUUUGAAAAGCGAAUCAUGGUCCAGUCGUAAGGUGUGCAGUGACCUGAAGAAUAUGCUGAUAGUUGACAUCAAAUUACCAUUGGCGGCGGAAGCCAAAAAUUUUAGGGGGGGACGCAGGAAACAAAAUUGACAAGCAAAAAAAUAAAAGGUUAUCAACCAAAAUUUCAGGGAGGGACUACCAAAAAAUUUUGACAUGCAAAAAAAAAAAAAAAAAAAAAAAAAAAAGGUCAACAGAAUUUAGGGGGGGAUCGUCCCCCCCAAUCCUUGUCCUCCCCGCUUCCGCCGCCUAUGCAAAUUACUGAGCAACGUGUAUGGCAUGCAAGUACACGUCAGUAAUAAAUUAAUGCAGUUGAACUAUGCAACGUUAUGGCAGAAUGAAUAAAAAAAAUGUUUGAUUUUCAUGUCUUGUGACAUGACAAUUCUAAAGAAAAUCAGCUCAUUGUUGAUUUUGUAAAUGUUCAUACUUGUCCACAGAAAUCACAUGUUUGGUAGUACAUGCAAUUAAACCGAAAUGUUGCAAUUUGAAAUGGAGUAAGGUUAGAAUUUGGGGAGCGUUUCAUGAAAGGACUUGUCGGACGUUUUAUCCGACAAGUCACAUUUUAUCCGACAGUUACCAUAGUAACAGUACCUCUCAGCCAAUCAACAUCAGAGAAAGAUGUCAGAUCUGACAACUUGUCGGAUGAAAAUGUUGAUGAAACACUCCCCUGAUAUAUUUACAAAACAAUAGGAAAAUUCUCUUUAAUUUUGUGCAAAUAUUUUUUGUAUUCAUGGUGGAGGUUUCAAUAAAUUUCUUUAAUUAAAA